AUGACGGAACAAGACGGUGGUCGCGUGUUAAGUAUCCAGUCGCACGUAGUACAGGGUUACGUUGGGAACAAGAGCGCUGUAUUCCCUUUGCAGCUAUUGGGAAUGGAUGUGGACCCGAUUAAUAGUGUACAGUUUUCCAAUCAUACUGGCUAUAAACACUUUACAGGUCGCCGGCUCACGGGUGAUGAGCUCCAUGAUCUACUGGACGGAAUGGAGACCAAUAACUUGCUUACAGAUGCACAUACACACCUUUUGACAGGUUACAUUGGCUCUAUUUCACUAUUGGACGCUAUUGUGCGUGUGCAUGAACGUCUACGAGCUGCACAGACCGACCCAGAGCGUCUCGUGUUCGUGUGCGACCCGGUAAUGGGAGAUUUAGGCAAGCUUUACGUGCCCCUGGAGCUCGUGGACUUGUACCGAUCCAAAGUGUUGCCGAUUUGUGAUGUCUUGACACCGAACCAGUACGAGUGUGAAUUGCUGGCGGAAAUGGAGCUACAUACUGUUAAGGUUGCUAUGCGUGCAUGUAAGAAAUUGCACACGCUGGGACCGAAGGUUGUGGUGAUUAGCAGUUUCCAGGAAGGCUCCGAGGAUGAGAGCCCUAUGGAGUUAAUGGUCAUUGGCAGCAAGGUCCGCAAUGGUGGAGUUAAUGGAAAUGAACUGUACUGCGAGCAGUAUGAAGUGCGUUUUCCGUGGAUUGACAGCUACUACACCGGCACUGGUGAUCUGUUUGCUGCUCUACUGCUAGCGUGGCUUUACCGGUACCCGGACGACUUUAAGCGUGCGCUAGAAAAUGUCGUUUCAACGAUUCAAGAUGUACUCGGUAUUACCCUUAAACUUGGCGGAAAGGACUGUGACUUGAAGCUCGUUCAGAGCCGCCAUGUGAUUGCCAACCCAAGUGUACGGUUUCUCGCCUUACCGCUCUUGGUGCCGGUCCUGUUUGUGCUUGUCGAUUUGGAUGUGCUGCUCGGAACGAUCAGCAAUGGUAAGAUCGUGGAUGUUCCAGACGGUGCUGCGAUCAAGCGGUGCGAGUUAGUAGAUGCUUUGAUGCUUCUUGUGGGCACUGACAACGUCAGUAUUGUCACUAACUACACGGUAUCGUCGACACGGGCGCUGUUUGGCGCGGCGUUGAAGGUUGUCUCAUCGACGCUUUUCUCAGACGGCCGAGCCGAAACACGCAAUUGUGAGACGCUAGUGGUGUCAAGCUCGACUUCUCUCGUCGAUCUAGCCACUCACGCUCUGUAUCAGGUGGUGACUUCUACUGCAUCUGACGAAGCAGUGAUGAGCUAUAUUAAGGAACACAAUACGCAGUGUCGGCUCAUCUAA